AUGGAUUUUAUAUGGGCAACAACUUUAAUUGUUGGUCUGUUAGUAUAUGCCUUCUAUGAGCUGCUAAACAUUCAGAAGAGAAAAAGGUUUCCUCCAGGUCCAAAAGGGCUUCCCAUUUUUGGACAUCUUCAUUUGUUAGGUAAAAAUCUACACCAAGAUUUACAAAAACUAGCCAAGAAACAUGGUCCUAUUAUGUAUGUACGAUUGGGAUUAGUACCUGCAAUCGUUGUCUCGUCAGCUGAUGCAGCUGAGAAGUUCCUCGAGACAUAUGAUCACAUCUUUGCUAGUAGGCCUCAUCACGAAGCAUCCCAGUAUUUGGGUUAUGGCCAGAAGAAUUUGACUUUUGCAAAGUAUGGAGCAUAUUGGCGUAACAUGCGCAAACUGUGCACUGUUCACCUUUUGAAUAGCCACAAGAUGAAUUCAUUUCGAUUCAUGAGAAAGCAAGAAGUUGAACUUCUGAUUGAAUCGCUUAAAGAACAAGCUGAUGAUAGCGUUGCUGUUGAUCUUAAUGCAAAGAUUACGUCGUUGAAUGCUAACUUGACUUGCUUAAUGGUGUUUGGAAACAAAUACAUGGAUGAGGACUUGGAUAAGAGGGGAUUCAAGGCUGUAGUUCAAGAUGUCGUGCAUUUAGCAGGAACACCAAAUCUUAGAGAUUUUUUCCCAUUUCUUGGUGUUAUUGAUCUCCAGGGAUUCACUCGCAAACUCAAGGAUCUUUCAAAGGUGCUUGAUAAGUUUGUUGAGAGGAUCAUUGAUGAUCAUGUUCAGUCUCAUGACCAGAAACAAACUAAGGACUUUGUGGAUACUAGGAUGGAGAUUAUGCAAUCAGAAGAAACAGAAUUUCAGUUUGAUCGUCGACAUAUAAAAGCUAUCCUCUUAGACAUGUUUAUUGCAGCAAUGGACACUUCAGCCACAUCAGUAGAAUGGAUACUCACUGAGCUUCUAAGGCACCCUCAAGCAAUGAAGAAAUUACAAAGAGAGCUAGAAGAAGUUGUAGGCAUGGACAGAAUGGUUGAAGAAUCAGACCUGAAGAAAUUAAAGUACUUAGACAUGGUUGUAAAAGAGGGCCUGAGGCUGCAUUCCAUAGUGCCAGUAAUGCAUCAUGAGGCCAUGGAAGAUUGUGCAGUCGAUGGCUUCCACAAACAAAAGGGAUCACGAAUCAUGAUAAAUUGUUAUGCGAUUCAGAGAGAUCCAAAUGUUUGGCCUGAGCCUGAGAAGUUUUUGCCAGAGAGAUUUGUCUGGAGCAGCAUAGAUAUCCGUGGACGCCACUUCCAACUUUUACCAUUUAGCUCUGGUAGAAGAAGCUGCCCCGGAAUGCAGUUGGGGAUUACUAUUGUUCACCUUGUGGUUGCACAAUUGGUGCACUGCUUUGAUUGGGAGAUUCCAAAUGGUAUGCAGCCUCUUGAUUUAGACGUUGAUGAGCAGUUUGGGAUAGUAUUGUGCAAAGAAAAGCCUUUGAUGGUUAUUCCAACCUAUUUGAGUUCUGGUGUUUUCGCACCUGUGGUGGGGAGACAGCAGGUGCGGGAGAUCAGACGCAGAAGUGGAUUUGGAAGCAGUGGUCAGGGUAGCACGUGCGAGGAAAAUGCAUGCCCACAGAUGCGCUCCAGGACCCGCAGGAGCGGAAGAAGACAGCAGAAAUGGACAUGGUUCCAUAGAUCCAGGUACCUCCUACUAGCCUCGCUUUUUGUUGCAGUCGUUGCUGUUCCGGAGACUUCAAGCCACUAUUUUAAAAGGCGAAAAUGGGGCGAGCCCAGGGCCGUGCUUAGAAUAGCAAAAAUGCCUCGGGCAACCUUGAGGGGAAAAAGUACCGAAAAGCACUGUCUUAGGCUUUCGCCUAGGCAUGCGUAA